AUGUCGGACAUGUUGAAGAAGUACAUGGAUAAAAUGGAUGAUUUAGCUCCUUUUAUGAGACGGAGCGCUGAAGAAAUAAGAGAUCUCGAUAUAAAGGUACAAGAAGUUAUGGUCAAUUUAAAAAGUAAAACAGCUAUUCAUCUCAAAAACUAUAAAAAAUCAACUCGUGAACAACGAGCUAAAGUUGUUAAAGAAGUUUCGGAUUUAUUUAAAGAAGCUGAGCAGCUCUCAGAGAGAAAAAUUGCUUUAGCACAACAGAUGUAUGAUACGGUUGACGGACAUAUCUGUGAAAUUGAUAAAAAUGUAGAGAAGUUUAAUGAAUAUCAGAUUCAAAAGUAUAAUCAAGAAACAGCUAAGCUAAAUGGAUGUGUAUCACCUAACCGUAAAAGAAGAGGAUCACAAGGACGUGAUAAAAAAAAGAAAGGGUCUGCUUAUCGCACAAAUCGUAUUGCGGAAACUGGAGCUAUUAUGGAGAGCUACAAGCCAAAGCCUUUACAAAUUACUCCUGCUUUAGACAUGCCCGUAGAUCCUUCAGAGCCCAUUUACUGUUUCUGUCACCAGGUAUCGUUUGGCGAGAUGGUAGGAUGUGAUAAUAAGGAUUGUCCAUACGAAUGGUUUCACUUCCAAUGUUUAGGCAUCUCUGACGUUCCUAAUGGUCAUUGGUUUUGUGACCAUUGCAAGGAUCCCAAGAAUCAGAAGAAAAAAAAAUAA